UGCCGCAGAGCCUGCGCCUGCCCGCCCGCGCCGCCCUGCUCUCCCGCUGCCUGCCCGAGCUGGGGGGUCCCCCGGCGCCCCCCGCCCCCUGCCGCCGCCCGCCGCCCCCGGGGCCUGGCCGAGAUGCCGGGGCCGCCCCCCGCCGCCUUCCUCUACGAGCUGCUCUGCCGCGGGGGGCUGCGGCGGCUGCACGAGCUGCAGGUGGAGGGCCGUGCCCGCUACGGGCCGGUGUGGAAGGCGAGCUUCGGGCCCAUCCUGACGGUGCACGUGGCAGAGGCCGGGCUGAUCGAGCAGGUGCUGCGGCAGGAGGGCGACUUCCCCGUCCGCUCCCAUCUCUCCUCCUGGAAGGAUUAUCGGGUCUGCCGCGGGCACGCCUGUGGGCUGCUCACUGCGGAGGGCGAGGAGUGGCAGGGGCUGCGCAGGCUGCUGGGGCGGCUGCUGCUGCGGCCGCGGGCGGCCGAGGGCUACGCGGGGCCGGUGGCCGGGGUGGUGGGCGACCUGCUGCGGCGGCUGCAGCGCCAGCGCGACCGGCACCCCCAGCACCUCGUCCCCGACGUCGCCGCCGAGUUCUACAAGUUCGGCUUGGAAGGCAUCUCGUCCAUCCUCUUCGCCUCCCGCCUGGGCUGCCUGGAGCAGGAGGUGCCGCGGGAGACGGAGACCUUCAUCCGCUCCAUCAACACCAUGUUCGUCACGACGCUGCUCACCAUGGCCAUGCCCAAGGCCCUGCACCGCCUCUUCCCCAAGCCCUGGCGGACCUUCUGCGAGGCCUGGGACUACAUGUUCGCCUUCGCCAAGGGUCACAUCGACCGGCGCGUGGCCGAGGCGGCCGAGCGGGGCGACGCGGCGGCGAAGGCGUGUCUCACCGACCACCUGGCCCGGGAGAAGGUCCCCAUGAAGGUCAUCCAUGGCAACGUCACCGAGCUGCUGCUGGCCGGGGUGGACACGAUCUCCAGCACCCUGUCGUGGAGCCUGUACGAGCUGGCGCGGCACCCCGGGGUGCAGGCGGCGCUGCACCGGGAGCUGGCGGCGGCGCUGGGCCCCGGCUGCGGCCCCUCGGCCACCGCGCUCGGCAGGGUCCCCCUGCUGAGGGCCGUGGUGAAGGAGACCCUGAGGCUGUACCCCGUCAUCCCCGCCAACGCCCGCGUCGUCCCCGACCGCGACAUCCGCGUGGGCGACUACGUGGUGCCGCGCCAGACCCUCAUCACCCUCUGCCACUACGCCACGUCCCGCGACGGCCGCCUCUUCCCGGCUCCCGACUCCUUCCGCCCCGAGCGCUGGCUGGGCCGCGACGCCGCCCGGCACCCCUUCGCCUCGCUGCCCUUCGGCGCCGGCAAACGCAGCUGCGUCGGCCGCCGCCUCGCCGAGCUGGAGAUCCACCAGGCGCUGGCGCAGAUCCUGCUGCGCUUCGAGGUGCGGCCGGAGCCCGGCGGCGGGCGCGUGCGCCCCAUGACCCGCACCCUGCUCGUCCCCGAGGCCACCAUCAACCUCCAGUUCCUCAGCCGGUGAGGCGGGACCCGGGGGCGGCGACCUUGACCCCGGCGGCGACCUUGACCCCGGCGGCGACCCCUUCGCGCCCCCGGGCGCUAUUUAUGGCUCCGCUGUGUUAUUUAAUGAUUUAUUUAUUGGCUAAUAAACGGGUUUUUGGGG